UCCUCCACAGCUUCAGGCAGUCCAUCCUCAACCUUCAGUUCUUCAAAGCACCUUACCAAAAGGAACCAUGGCUGCCAAACCCACCUCAUGCUUUACUUUCCUAAAGGAAGCGCUGAUCCUCCCCACGUUAAACCCCAAGCUCUUCACGCCCUUGCUCCUCCUCUUUGCCGCCGCCGCCUUCCUUGACCACAUAGUCGGUUUCGUGUUCGUCCAGCCUCUCGCCGACGUCGUGGCCAGCCAUGUCUCCGAGGUCAACAACACCGACUUCUCGAGCGCCGAAUACGCGGAGGUCAUGGAGAUGGGGAGGCCGUUAUUGCAAGACGGUAUGAAGCUCAUCCUCAUCGCCGUCUCCAAGGUGAUGGUCGCCCUGGCGGUCGGCUUCGCCAAGAAGAUCCUCUUCCUCUUCGCGGCCUCCACGACCUACUCCGGCGACCGCUACUCGCUAGCCGAGCUCCUGCGCGAGCUGGUCAAGGGGAGGAUCAGCCUGAAGGGCCCGUUCAUCACCAUCGCCGUCGUCGGCGCGCUUGACUUCGCAUGGGCGGUCCUGGCCGCGCUGCCUCCCGCCCUGAUGCGCGGCCCCUCGGGGGUGCUCUCCGUCCAGGGUCUUGUCUCCCUCAUCGCGCUCCUCGCCUCCCUCUACGUCACCGUCGUGGCGUUGGUGGGCGUCGCCGCGUCGGUGGUCGACAGGCGGUGCCGCGGCGUGCGGGCGCUCCGGCAGGCGUGGCGUCUCGUGACGCUGGUGAGGAGGAAGGAGGGCCUCCUGCUGGUGCUCGUGGCGCACUUCAUGCCGACCGUCGUGGCUCCGCUCUACCGGGUUGCUCUUGUGUAUGCCAAGACGAGCAUGGCGCUGUGCUUGUGCUCGCUGGCUGUGCAUGCUUUUCUGUCCUGUGCGCUGCAGCUCUUCUCUUUGAUGGCAGCAACGGUGUACUACUACCAAGCCAUGCAAAGCAAGGAGGUGAUCGAUGCCUUGUGGUUAUGUUAGAUUUUUUUUUUCGAUAAAGGGUGGAUUUUAUUGACUCAAAAUGAAGCAUCAAGAAGAUACAAAACACGAUGAGCCUGCACCCUGUGGUUAUGUUAGAUACUUAGAUCAAUUCCUUCGGUCCUUCCGGGAAAGGAAGUGCCUCUCAUUCAUCAAGUGGUUAUGCGCUAGUCCUGGUAGGUCUCGUUUUUCUUAUCCAAGUUGGUCAUAAUGCUAGAGGGGUCUUUGAUUUAUCGUGCGACAAUGUUGAGUGUCUUUUUUAGCUGCAAUGUUAUACUAGUCAGUUGUACUCCCUC